GUUUAUUUUCACAGCAAUCUUUAGAUCGAAGUUGCUUUGGUAACAACAAGGGAUGCUUGCAGAGCACCGGGAAUACAGUAGGGCUGGCUUUGGCCUCAAGAAGCCUCUAAAGAUGAAUAUGGUGAAGAGGAUCAUGGGGCGGCCGCGGCAGGAGGAGUGCAGCCCACAGGACAACGCGCUGGGUCUCAUGCACCUGCGUCGCCUCUUCUCUGAGCUCUGCCACCCACCGCACCACAUGACACAAAAAGAGCAGGAGGAGAAACUCUACAUGAUGCUGCCUGUUUUCAACCGGGUGUUUGGGAACGCUGCACCGAGCAAAAUGAAUGAGAAGUUCUCAGACCUGCUGCAAUUCACCACACAAGUGUCAAGGCUAAUGGUGACAGAGAUCAGACGGAGAGCGUCCAAUAAAUCAACAGAGGCUGCCAGCAGAGCUAUUGUCCAGUUUUUGGAGGUAAAUCAGUGUGAAGAGGCGAGUCGGGGCUGGAUGCUUCUGACAACCAUGAACCUGCUGGCCUCCUCCGGACAGAAAACGGUGGACUGUAUGACCACCAUGUCGGUGCCCUCCACGCUGGUGAAAUGUCUAUACUUGUUUUUUGACCUACCCCACAUGCCCGAGGUUCCUGCUGCCACCCAGACUGAGCUUCCCCUGGCUGACCGCAGAGCUCUACUGCAGAAAGUCUUUGUUCAGAUCCUUGUAAAGCUGUGCAGUUUUGUUUCUCCGGCAGAGGAGCUGGCCCAGAAGGAUGAUCUACAGCUGCUCUUCAGUGCCAUCACCUCCUGGUGCCCACCCCACAACCUGCCUUGGAGGAAGAGCGCAGGAGAAGUGCUCACUACCAUCUCUCGACACGGACUGAGCGUCAAUGUCGUCAAGUAUAUCCAUGAGAAAGAGUGUUUGUCGACGUGUAUCCAGAACAUGCAGCAAUCAGAUGACCUCUCCCCUCUAGAGAUUGUAGAGAUGUUUGCUGGGCUCUCCUGUUUCUUGAAGGACUCAAGUUAUGUCUCACAGACACUGUUGGAUGAUUUCCGCAUGUGUCAGGGCUACGCCUUCCUCAUAGAUCUGAUGAUCAGGUUGGAGCAGGCCAAAGAGGAUGAAUCCAAAGAUGCUCUAAAGGACCUUGUCAACCUGGUGACUGCUCUGACCACAUAUGGUGUUAGUGAGCUGAAACCAGCUGGUCUCACAACCGGAGCACCCUUCCUGCUUCCAGGUUUUGUGGUCCCACAACCUUCUGGGAAAGGCCAUACAGUCAGGAACAUCCAGGCCUUUUCUGUGCUUCAGAAUACCUUCUUGAAAGCCAAGAGUGGUCGGUUAGCACGUAUGAUCCUCGAAGCCAUUGCCAACAUCUAUGCUGCCGACUACGCCAACUAUUUCAUCUUAGAGGCACAACAUGCGCUAUCACAGUUUGCAGAGCGAGUAGCAAAGCUGCCUGAGGUGCAGACCAAGUACUUUGAACUGCUAGAGUUUGUUGUCUUUGGACUCAAUUACGUACCAUGCAAAGAGCUUUUUAGUGUUAGCGUGCUGUUAAAGUCAAGCAAUUCCUUCGGAUGCAGCAUCACAGCUACUCGGACUCUUCUCAAGCUUGGACGCCACCACCCUGUCUUCAGUGAUGUCCUCCGCGAAGUUGGACUGCUUGAAGUGCUAGUUAAUCUGCUCCACAAAUAUGCAGCACUUUUAAAAGAUCCAACACAAGCACACAGUGAGCAGGGAGAUGCAAAGAACAAUGUGGCAGAAGAGCAAAAGCAGCUAUCCUGGCUUGUUAUGGAGACACUCACAGUCCUUUUGCAAGGCUCAAACACCAAUGCAGGUUUGUUCCGUGAGUUUGGAGGUGCACGAUGCGUGCACAACAUCGUGAAGUACCGUCAGUGUCGUGAGCAUGCUCUAAUGAUCAUUCAGCAGCUGGUUCUGUCGUCAUCUGGAGAUGAUGACAUGGGCACGCUGCUUGGCCUAAUGCACUCUGCACGGUCAACAGAACUACAGCUCAAAACUGACAUAUUGCGGGCUUUGCUAGCUGUGCUGCGCGAGAGCCACCGUACACGCACUGUCUUCCGCAAGGUGGGCGGCUUUGUGUACGUGACUUCACUGCUGGUUGCCAUGGAGCGUUCUCUCUGUUCUCCACCUGUCAGCGGCUGGGAGAAAGUCAACCAGAACAAAGUCUUUGAACUUCUACACACCGUAUUCUGCACACUAACAGCAGCCAUGCGUUAUGAACCUGCCAACUCGCACUUCUUUCGCACCGAGAUCCAGUACGAGAAGCUGGCCAAUGCAGUGCGACUGUUGGGUUGUUUUUCUGAUGCUAAGAAAGUUGGUCCAGCGACUGUGUUCCCCUCAAAUGCCCAACCAUUCCAGCGAUUACUUGAAGAUGAGAUCAUUCCUGCAGAAAAUGUGUGUCCCACACUCAAACACUGCAGCAAGCUGUUCAUUUACCUAUACAAGAUGGCCACCGAUUCAUUUGACAGUCGUGCUGAGCAGUUGCCUCCCUGCUUGACUCACGAGACCUCACUGCCCUCUCCUUGGGGCACGCCAGCAAUCGCCAGGAAGAGACAUGGCUACCACAGCUCAUCCAACUCUGCUCCCAGUAAAGCCCUAACAGACCUAAAGCUACACUUGGGAAAUCCAUUGCAACACUCUUCAGACCCUGUAGUCAUCCACCCUGGAGCAAUGUUGGCAAUGCUCGACCUUCUGCCCUCCGUUUCUUCUGACACACAGCCUGAGCAUGCUCUGGACCUUCAGCUAGCAGUUGCUAACAUCCUGCAGCUGCUGGUGCACUCAGAGAGAAACCAGCAGAUCCUGUGUGAGGCGGGUCUGCACUCACGCCUGCUUCAGCGCUGCAGCUGCGCUUUAGGAGAUGAAGAUCACCCACUCCACCCACCGCUGCAGAGGAUGUUUGAGCGACUGGCCUCCCAGGCCCUACAGCCCAUGGUACUUAGGGAAUUUUUGCGGCUAGGGAAUCCUCUGAAUUGCGGUGCCUGGGACAAAAAGCUCCUGAAGCAGUACCGGGUCCACAAGCCCAGCUCCCUCAGCUAUGAAGCUGAAAUGCGAAACAGCAUGACCUUAUCCAUGGAGGGUUUUGGGCCGGACAGUGUGUUCACUAUUAAUGAGGACAACAGCCAAUACCGAAUCAGCAGAAGUUUGGUUCGCUCUGCCGAGGGUAGCACCGUUCCCCUCACCCGAGUCAAGUGCCUGGUCUCCAUGACAACGCCCCAUGACAUUCGUCUCCAUGGUUCCUCUGACACACCUGCGUUUGUGGAGUUUGACACAUCAUUAGAGGGAUUUGGUUGUUUGUUUUUGCCCAGUCUGGCCCCUCACAAUGCACCAUCCAGCAAUGCCAACACAUCUGGAGUCAGUGACGGGGCAGUAGUCAGCGGCAUGGGAAACGGCGAGCGCUUAUUUCCACCCCCAUCUGGCCUGAGCUACUCGACGUGGUUUUGCGUUGAACGCUUCAGCACAACACCCCAGAGCCACGCUGUACGUCUUCUCACAGUGGUGCGAAGGGCCACCUCGUCUGAGCAGCACUACGUGUGCUUAGCCAUCGUGCUCUCCGCUAAGGACCGAUCUCUCAUCGUGUCCACCAAGGAAGAGCUGCUUCAGAGCUACAUGGAUGACUUCAGUGAGGAGUCCUCCUUCUAUGAGAUCCUUCCCUGCUGUGCUCGCUUCCGCUGUACUGACCUCAUCACUGAGGGACAGUGGCACCACCUGGUGUUGGUUAUGAGCAAAGGAAUGCUGAAGAACAGCAUGGCAACUCUCUACAUCGAUGGCCAGAUGGUCAGCACAGUCAAGCUGCACUAUGUUCACAAUGCUCCUGGCGGUUCUGCCUCCACAAACCCACCUGUGCUGAGCACGGUGUACAGCUACAUUGGUACACCACCGGCCCAACGCCAGCUCUCUGCGCUAAUCUGGCGACUGGGGCCCACCCACUUUUUGGAGGAGGUGCUGACUGCUGCCAGUGUGGCUGCCAUCAAUGAGCUGGGGCCCAAUUAUGUGGGCAGUUUCCAAGCUGUUUACUUGCCCUGUAAAGACUCAAAGACUGAGGCUGUGCCAUCUUGUCCUGUUGCAUUGGUACCUGAGGAGAAGGUCUCCUUUAGUCUCUUUGCACACUCAGUCUCCACUCUCACCAUGGCCAAGAUCAGAAAGUUCUACAACAAACUGGACAGCAAAGCCAUCGCCAAGCAGUUGGGGGUUUCCUCUCAUGAAAGUGCCACACCAGUCAAGCUAGUCCAUAAUGCUGUGGGUCAUCUCAAUGGACCAGCCAGAACCAUUGGAGCAGCAGUCAUUGGUUACCUUGGUGUGCGUGCUUUCGUAACUAAACCAGUUGCCACCAACCUGCAGUACACUGGAGGGGCUGCAGCCAUUUUGGGCCUGGUUGCCAUGGCGUCAGACGUGGAGGGUCUUUACGCAGCAGUUAAAGCACUAGUAUGUGUCGUCAAGAGCAACCCACUAGCUAGCAGGGAGAUGGAGCGUAUUAAAGGGUACCAGCUGUUGGCCAUGUUACUGAAGAAGAAACGUCCUCUGUUGAACAGCCAUAUCCUGCACUUGACCUUCUCCCUGGUUGGCACUGUGGAUAGUGGCCACGAGACCUCCAUCAUCCCAAACACCACAGCCUUUCAGGAUCUACUGUGUGAUUUUGAGGUUUGGCUUCAUGCUCCUUAUGAACUUCACUUGUCUCUCUUCGAGCACUUCAUUGAACUUCUUACUGAAUCCAGUGAGGCUGCUAAAAAUGUCAAAUUGUUGCGGGAGUUCCAGCUGAUCCCCAAACUGCUGCUGACACUAAGGGAACAGUCUCUGUCUCAGCCCACCAUUGCUGCCAUCGGCAACGUCCUCAGUCUGCUACUGCAGGGCUUUCCCAACUCAUAUGACCUGCUCAGAUUUGGGCAGUUCAUCUCUUCAACAUUGCCGACAUUUGCGGUCUGUGAGAAGUUUGUCAUUAUGGAGAACACCAAUGAGGAGAAGAUUGACAGAGGAGUUGAUGAUGAGUUUGGAGGCCUACUGUCAUCCAACCUGAUUCUUCUAAGGAACAGACUCCUGGACAUCCUGCUCAAGCAGCUCUUCAGCUGUAAAGAGAAGAAAACUGUUAAUGCACAGGUGUGCGAGGAGCUUGUACGCACCUUGGGUUUUGAUUGGUUGCUGAUGUUUAUGGAAGAGCACAUUCACUCCAGCACGGUGACGGCGGCUCUCUUGAUCUUGGUGGUGUUGAUGAGUAACCAAUCCAUCCUGAGCCGGUUUAAAGAAGGUCUGUCUGGAGGAGGCUGGCUGGACCACACCGACUCUGUGCUUACUAAUAAGAUUGGCACUGUUCUGGGCUUUAACGUUGGUCGCAGUGCAGGGGGCAGGUCAACGGUACGUGAAAUCAACCGAGAUGCCUGCCAUUUCCCAGGAUUCCCUGUGUUGCAAACACUACUGCCCAAACACACCAAUGUCCCAGAGAUUUACUUCCUGCUCAUGGCCCUCUUCAUUCAGCAGCCAAUCACAGAGCUGCCUGACAGCCUGCAGUUUGACCUGGACUCGAUCUGGACAUUUAUAUUUGGCAUCCCAUCCUCCAGUGCUACAGUGGUGGGUUCCAUUCACAACUUGUGCACUGAAGCAGCGUUCCUUCUUUUGGCCAUGCUGCGCAGUAUGCUCAACCUGCCCUGGCAGUCAGAAGAAGAGGGAUCAUGGCUGAGAGAAUAUCCCAUCACGCUCAUGCAGUUUUUCCGUUAUCUCUACCACAACAUCCCAGACCUGGCACCCAUGUGGCACAGUCCAGACUUCCUUUGUACACUUGCUGCUACAGUAUUCCCUUUCAAUAUUCGUCCCUACUCAGAGAUGGUGACUGACUUGGAUGAUGAAGCAGGCUCACCUACAGAGGAGUUCAAGGCUUUUGUAACAGAUACAGGCAUGAACCGCAGUCAAUCAGAAUACUGUAAUGUAGGCACUAAAACAUACCUAACCAACCACCCAGCCAAGAAGUACGUCUUUGACUUCAUGAAGAUCCUUAUCAUGGACAACCUAUGCAUGAUGCCUGCCAGUAAGCAGACCCCCAUCAUUGACCUUCUGCUAGAGGCCUCACCAGAGCGCUCCACCAGAACCCAGCAGAAGGAAUUUCAGUCCUACAUCUUGGACUGUGUGAUGGAACAGUUCCUCGCUGCAGAUGUUCUACUGGGUGAGGAGGCAUCAUUGCCAAUAACAACUGGAGGAAGUUACCAUGUCUUGGUAAAUAAUGUCUUCUACUUCUCCCAGCGUGUGGUGGAUAAGCUGUGGCAGGGAAUGUUUAACAAAGAUUCCAAGCUAGUGGUGGAUUUCAUAGUUCAACUGAUCACCCAGUCCAAACGGCGAUCUCAGGGUUUAUCUCUGGACUCAAUCUACCAUUGUCUGAACAGAACGAUCCUCUACCAGCUCUCCCGACCACACAAGACAGUUCCACAACAGGUGACACUGCUGGAUUCACUGCGUGUGCUGACGGUAAACCGAAACCUUGUGCUGGGACCUGGCAACCACGACCAGGAUUUUGUGGCCUGUCUGGCCCACUGCUUAAUCAACCUACACACGGGAAGUAGUGUGGAGGGCUUUGGUCUGGAGGCAGAGGCCAGAAUGACCACCUGGCAUGUCGCAGUUCCUUCUGAGAAUGAGUCAGACAACGUCCAGAGCCAGGAUGCUAGCGAAGGUCGUCAGUUGCUGCUUAAGGCAGUGAAUCGUGUGUGGACGGAGCUCAUGCACAGUAAGAGGCAAAUGCUGGAGGACAUAUUUAAAGUGUCUCUGCCUGUCAAUGACAGAGGGCACGUGGACAUUGGCACUGCCCGACCUGCUCUGGAGGAUCCUGCUGCCAAAAGCUGGCAGAAUCACUUAGUCCAUGAAAAGAAAUGCAUCAGUAGAGGUGAGACUGUUGCUCCAGUGAAUCAGUCCAAACUCUCUCGAGUAAGCAGUGGCUUUGGUCUGUCAAAAUUGACCGGUUCCCGUCGCAGCAAGAAGGAAAGCGGAAUGAACAAAAACAACCUUUCUGCUCAGGAAACCUUCCAGUGGAUGUUUACGCACAUCGCUGUGGUUCGGGACUUGGUAGCAAUGCAGUACAAGGAGUAUCAAGAGAGGCAGCAGAAUGCUUUGAAGUAUGUUAUGGAUGAGUGGGCAGGUAUUGAAUAUGAGCUGCUUCGGGAGAGAGGCCUCUGGGGGCCUCCUAUUGGCUCCCACCUGGACAAAUUUCAGUUGGACAUGACUGAGGGACCCUGCAGAAUGAGGAAGAAGAUGGUUCGGAACGAUAUGUUUUACAUUCACUAUCCUUAUGUACCUGAUCCCGAGCCUAACACAAGCACUCAAAAACCAGUGCGUUACCGGCGAGCGAUCAGCUAUGACAGUAAGGAGUAUUACAUGCGGCUGCUGUCAGGGAACCCGGGGAUGUACCAGCACUCAAUAGAGCAAAACACAGAGGGAGAGACAGCACAACAGGAGCCUGAACAUGGAGAGGACACUAUUGCAAGAGUCAAAGGUCUGGUGAAGGCUCCGUUAAAGCGGUCCCGCUCCACAGCAGAUGGGGCUGAUGAGGACAGUCAAGACCAGCUGCAGGAGUUGCUAGAGUCAGGAGCCAUGGACGAGGAGCAGAAAACUGAUAACACCACACUUCUCCGUCUGCUGGAGGAGGGAGAGAAGAUCCAGCACAUGUACCGCUGUGCUCGAGUUCAGGGUCUGGACACCAGUGAAGGGCUGCUCUUAUUUGGGAAAGAACAUUUCUACGUGAUCGACGGCUUUACUAUGACUGUUACCAGAGAGAUUAGAGACAUUGAGACACUACCUGCGAAUAUGCAUGAGCCUAUCAUUCCUCGAGGGGCCCGGCAGAGUAAAAGUCAGUUGAAAAGAACCUGCAGCAUCUUUGCUUAUGAAGACAUCAGAGAGGUGCACAAACGUCGCUACCUGCUUCAGCCAAUGGCAGUAGAAGUGUUUUCUGGAGAUGGAAGAAAUUACCUGUUGGCUUUCCAAAAAGGAGUCCGGAACAAAGUCUAUCAGAGAUUCCUGGCAGUCGUUCCCUCACUAGCUGACAGCUCAGAGUCAGUUUCUGGACAACGUCCCAACACCAGUGUAGAACAGGGGUCUGGCCUUCUCAGUACGCUUGUCGGCGAGAAGUCGGUGACCCAAAGAUGGGAGAGAGGAGAAAUCAGUAACUUCCAGUAUCUGAUGCAUCUCAACACAUUAGCCGGCAGGUCAUAUAAUGACCUGAUGCAAUAUCCAGUCUUUCCAUGGAUCCUGGCAGACUUUGACUCUGAGGAACUGGACCUCAGCAAUCCAAAGACAUUCCGAAACUUAUCCAAACCUAUGGGAGCUCAGACAGAUGACAGGUUGAUCCAGUACAAGAAAAGAUUCAAAGACUGGGAGGAUCCUAAUGGGGAGACUCCAGCAUAUCAUUACGGCACUCAUUACUCCUCUGCAAUGAUUGUGGCCUCGUAUCUUGUCAGAAUGGAGCCCUUCACACAGACCUUCCUCAGGCUUCAGGGAGGUCAUUUUGAUCUGGCUGACCGAAUGUUCAACAGUGUCCGAGAGGCAUGGUUCUCUGCAUCCAAGCACAACAUGGCUGAUGUAAAAGAGCUCAUCCCAGAGUUCUUCUACCUUCCUGAGUUCCUGCUCAAUUCCAACAACUUUGACCUUGGGAGUAAACAAAAUGGCACCAAGCUUGGAGACGUGAUUCUGCCUCCAUGGGCGAAAGGAGACCCAAGAGAGUUUAUCAGGGUUCACAGAGAGGCUUUGGAGUGUGACUAUGUCAGCGCCCAUUUGCAUGAAUGGAUUGACCUGAUAUUUGGUUAUAAGCAACAGGGUCCUCCAGCAGUGGAGGCUGUAAAUGUCUUCCACCAUCUCUUCUAUGAGGGCCAGGUGGACAUCUACAACAUUAAUGACCCACUUAAAGAAACCGCUACCAUUGGAUUCAUCAACAACUUCGGCCAGAUCCCAAAACAGCUGUUCAGGAAGCCCCAUCCUCCAAAGCGGGUGCGCAGUAAGUCCAACGGAGAGGUCCCUGGUGUGCCAGUUACUCUGAACUCCACCUUAGACAAGAUCUUCUUCCAUCACCUGGACAACUUGCGGCCCUCUCUCACCCCUGUUAAAGAGCUAAAGGAGCCUUUGGGUCAGAUAGUGUGCACUGACAAGGGCAUUCUGGCUGUCGAGCAGAACAAGGUGUUGGUUCCUCCUGCCUGGAAUAAGACCUUUGCCUGGGGCUACGCUGAUCUCAGCUGCAGACUUGCUAACUAUGAGUCUGACAAGGCAGUCGUAGUAUAUGAGUGUUUGUCUGAGUGGGGGCAGAUCCUGUGUGCUAUCUGCCCAAACCCCAAGCUGGUCAUUACUGGAGGGUUCAGCACAGCCAUCUGUGUGUGGGAGACUGGGACAUCUAAAGAGAAAGCCAAGACCCUCACACUCAAACAGGCUCUUCUUGGCCACACAGAUGCAGUUACAUGCCUCACAGCAUCAUCAGCUUACCACAUUAUCGUGAGUGGCUCUCGAGACCGUACUUGUAUCAUUUGGGACCUGAAUAAGUUGUCUUUCGUCACCCAGCUGAGGGGCCACCGAGCUCCUGUCUCAGCACUCUGCAUCAACGAGCUUACUGGCGAUAUUGUAUCCUGUGCUGGCACCUACAUCCAUGUGUGGAGCAUCAAUGGAAGCCCCAUCGCCAGCACCAAUACGUUCACAGGGCGGAGCCAACAAAUCCUGUGCUGCUGUGUCUCAGAGAUGAACGAGUGGGACACACAGAAUGUCAUCGUUACGGGACACUCUGAUGGUGUAGUCAGGUUUUGGAGAAUUGAGUUCCUGCAAGUCCCAGAAACCCCUGCUCCAGAGCCUGUUGAGCCCCAUGUGCCAGACUGCUGUGGAGAGAUUGAGAGACGUGAUGCUCCAGAUGAUGACAGCAGUGAAUCUGAGGGAGAGGAAACCAGCCUCAGUCAAGACCACAAACCUCGCACUUCAAAUAGCCAUCCCAGCAGCACCGUACAUAGACCUAAACCCCGCACUGGAGCCUCCUGGUCGGUAGGCAGCAGCUCUGACGACUCCCGCCGCUGGUCGGAUACACUCAGCAUUGACGAGAAGGACAGCUUUGUUUUUGUAAACUACUCAGAGGGCCAGAUUAGAGCAGGAAUGCCCUUGCACCCACAUUCCCAACCCCACUCAUCACCCCCACAUGUGCCAGUGCCACAACCCCUUCACCCCAAUACUGUGGAGACUCGGUCCUACAACAAACUCAAGCCAGGCUACAGAUGGGAGAGACAGCUGGUGUUCCGGAGCAAACUCACCAUGCAUACAGCGUUUGACCGCAAGGACAAUGCGCAUCCUGCGGAAAUCACUGCACUUGCCAUUUCAAAAGAUCACAGUAAGAUCCUGAUAGGAGAUGGCCGUGGCCGAGUGUUCAGCUGGUCUGUCAGUGAUCAGCCAGGACGCUCUACUGCAGAUCACUGGGUGAAGGAUGAGCAGGUGGACAGCUGCUCUGGAUGCACUGUACGCUUCUCCCUCACUGAAAGACGCCACCACUGCAGAAACUGUGGCCAAGUCUUCUGCCAGAAGUGCAGUCGCUUCCAAUCAGAGAUAAAGCGGCUGAAAAUCUCCUCUCCUGUGCGUGUGUGUCAGAACUGUUACUACAACCUGCAGCAUGAGCGGGGCUCUGAAGAUAGCCUGAGAAAUUAGAUCUUUCUCUCCCACAUCACACUCCAACCACCUCUAAAAAACCCAUUUGUAUAGCAUUGGCUUAGACCACAAUGGGAUCACUAAUCCUCAUAAUUUCAAAUAUUACAGAAAUGUGACCAUUAGAGAAAGACGAUUGUGGGUUUACUUUUUCCAUUUAUGCAGUUUCUUUUGCAGUAUGCUCAAGUCAUCUCCGCAAUAGCAUCGUCCACAAAGUUUGCAACGUUUAGAUUUUAGAAAAAGCAAUGCAUAUAACACACUUUCUCAUAAAAUUAGAUGAUAUUUGUUUAUAUUGUAUAUACUUGCAAUGGCCUUUUUAUCUAUAUACAAACAAUAAGUCAUUAUUAAGAGAUAAAAGAACACAAAUCAAAUCAAAACACAACACAUUGCUUGUAAUAUAGUAUUAUGUUAAAAAUCACUCCUGGCUUUAAAAACAAAAAUGUGCGUGUGUGUGUAGUCAAUGUCACAAGUCACAGCAUCCCAGCGUGAAUAAUAUUGAGGACUAUGAAUGUUGAUAAUAAAUGUUUGUGGGUUCUAAUUAUGCAAAUAUGAUUAAUUAUUUUGUUUAAAUAUUCUGUUUUAUUAUUAUUUGUUUUAAGGAAGUUUUGCUCACAGUAUCAGUUUGUUGCCAUAGAACAGCUGAUAACUCCAGGACUCGGUUUUAAUGUAAAAUUUUGUUGCCAAGCUGCCUUGAUCUGUAACUAUUAUCAUAUAUUUUUACAGUAGUAUAGGGCAACGGUAAUAUGUACAUUUUGAAUUUAGUGUAAACACAGCUGUUUUUUAUCGUUCUAAAUCAUUUUUUAAAGACAGGAUUUAGAUGGAAGCCUUUAAAUCAUUUCACCAACAUUAUUAUGAUGCAUUUUGAAGACCGAAGUGUAUGUAGACAAUUGAAAGACUAUAAUAUAAAACAUGUUUAUGUAAGUCAGCUCUCUGUUCUUCUACUGACUUGAUAGUAAAUUGUUCUCUAGAUUUUGGGUCGUGUGGGACUUCUCCAUUAUUUGUUACUCUCUUACACUAACCUAGCUCUUAAAAAUGUAUGUUUUUUUUUAAUUUUAUUAAAAACAGCCAUUUCAUUCUUUUUCGUACUUAAAUUUCUCACAAAGUAAUGUUAAGUUUGAAUCGUUUGCUAUGUUGCACCAGUUUAUAUGUUUGUCUGUAGAUAAUGAAAGCAAUAGUUACUGAUGUUUUCACUCCACGUGCAUUUACUUCAUGUGAAGUUAUUGUGUGUAAUAAAAAAAGGGACGUAACACUUUUAUUGUAUAAUGAAAGACUGGAACCCUAGAAUCUUUAUACUUUACUCUAGACUAUGGAAGAGAAAGUUUGUUGUUUUCAUCUGUUCAUUUGUCAGUGAUACUGUGGGCAAUACCCUAUUAUAAGUGCUGCUUUUCAUUAAUAGAGAGAAUUAUUUCUCUUUCUGUAUUUAAAGUCUUACAUUUGCAUCCUUUUUAUAAGAUGAAAAAUGUGUUACACAUGCAGUUGUUUUUAUUAAUUGUUGUAUGAUUUUGGUGAUUUGUGAUACAGCCUAAUAUGCACUCGUUAUAGUUUAAUUAUUGUUCAUUAAUGUACUGUAAUUCAGUGUGCAAUCGUAACAUCAAGCUGUUAGGAUUUUGCUGUCAACAAGCAGCUUAAAGAUCAAAUGGCUAUAUCAAUCUGAAAUUAUUUGUGCACCUUGACAUGUAGAAGGUAAAGAAAGACAAAGUAAUCAUUGUUUUAUCAGUUGCAUUAUGUUGUGGGCCAUUGUUUUAAAGGAGGAGGCAUUUCUUUACAGUAAGAUGAACUGUACAAAGUAUUUAUGCAAUUAUAAUGUUUUCUUUUUGUAUGAUUAUUAUUUUUUUGUAAUUUCUCAGCAAGUUUGCUUACUUGUUGCAUGUCUAACACAGCUGGCAUUGUAUUGUACAUUUUCUGGCAUUAUGUUUUAUUUGUUUUCUCUUUUGGCUCAUUUUUAUGGCACUAUCAAAUGAAUUGAUCCUGAAGCCCUGAAGGUUUUGUGUACAGUUUAGGCAGAAAUCUGGGUUGACUUUUGUACUGUGUAUGGAUGUUAAGGACUGAUCCCAGGACUGAUUAAAUACACACAGAUUGUCCCUUUUUCAUGGUCUUGUGAUAUACUGCAUAACUACAGUAUAUAGUAUGCAAAACUGUGGUAUCUGAAUGUUCAUUGUAUAUUUGUGUUGGAAAACAAUAACAUGACCCCUCCCCCAUAGUGUAACCCUGUAUCUGUUAUUAUGACACAAUAGAUACUUUUUAAUUUAAUUUCAAUUAAAAACUUGCUGUUU